UUCAUAGCCAAUCGCAGAAUGCCAAAAUCUCCAAUCUCUGAUCCUAAACAGAUCUCUUAUUUCAACCUCUUAUUAUUAAUCGCAUUCUCCGUCAAAUUAACCUUAAAACAAAGAUAAAUCAUGAAUGGGAUGGCCUAACUUCACCUCUAUCCCUGAUUGACAUGUCUCCGCCGUCACCGCUACCACCACAACCACCAGCUCCACCGCCGUCCCACGACCACCACCACCUUCUUAGUAAAAUGACAUCGCUUCCUGACGUUAUUUUCACUGCUUUCUCUUUAUUUAUUCUCUUCUCGUCUUCUCCUAAACCAACCUCCGUUUUCUUUCUCCCUAACAAAAUCUCUUUCCCAUUAAACCCGCGAAGAUUUCUCAAAUUCCCCACCAUGUCCUCUCCCUUACGCUACCCUACAAACUCGAGAAGCCCUGGCCACCGUCCCUUUGCCACCCCUCAGUCUUUAUCCGAUUGGCUCAAGCCGCGGCUUCCCUCCGAUUCCUUCGCCUUGUGGGGAGUCAAGCCGGGGACAAAGAACGUUCAUAACUUAUGGCUUGAAAUCUCUGAGGGUGAAACCUCGCUUGCUGAUUCUACCCCUCCCGUCCGCACCGUUGAGGUCGUGAUUGUGCGGAUUAUCCGAAAUGACGGAAAAUUCCUUGUUGAAUCACAUCAGGAGUUGUCCAAUGGUGACGUGCGCACCCGGUGCCGGCCAUUGUCGGAGAAAAUGAAGCCUACAGAAUCCGUAGAGGCUGCCGUCUUUCGGGCCGUUAAGGAAGAGCUGGGAUCCAUCCUUAAAAAUGGGAAUAUUCAGAAUUUUGAUCAUUAUGGUUAUGAUAUUAAUGGCAUUGUGAAAAUUGUUCCGAAUUCUUAUGUAAAGAGGGUGGAGGAGAGAGCUUCUGCAUCUUACCCGGGAUUGCCGGCUUGUUAUAUGUUGCAUACAGUGGAUGCCGAGGUGGAGUGGUUGCCGGAAGGCGAGUUUUGUACAGAGGAGGUAGAGGAGUACGGGGAUUUUGAUCGGAGGAAUAUUGCAGAUAGCGCAGUUCAUUGUAAAAAGCAUUACUGGAAGUGGGUCGAUUCUAAUUCGGUUUGACAUUUAAUUGCUGGAGGAGUAAGUGCUCCCGCUUUAGCGAGUCUGAAUUGAAGACACUGGUUUUACAUUUUGUCCCUGCUGGGAGAAAGGGGCACGGCAUGUGCAUGAUAGAAACAAGGAGGUCAACCUUUUUUAAACAUACAGCAUGGAUUCUGGUAAAUACAAGGCGCAUGGCAUAUGACAGCAGCAGGAGAGCAAGAGGUCAGACCAAUCCCAUUCAUAUUGUUCUGAUACGAACAGAUUUUGUUGAUCCAAGUUUUCCAAUUUUGUAUGUUGUUUCUUGCUACCUGCUGCUUCUUGUCAAAUUCGCCAGCCUUGACAGCCAUCUAGAAUCCAGUUCUACCUGAAAUGAGGUUAGGAUGAUAGUUGAGAAGAGUAUAUGUUUUGAGCGGGUUUGAAACCCCAUAUGAAUCCUAUUUGGAUUAUCCAAAAUAAAGUUGAAACGCGAAGUUAAAUGAAUAAGAAAACCGAUCCAUGAGACAAGUCAGGACCUCUAUCUCGUUAAACAGAUCGCUGUUGCAAAUAUGGGACUUGAGGCUAGCUCUUGUUUAGGGGAUGGCAGAAGUGGAUGA